CCACCAAGAGGAGACGCGCUUCUUAGUCCACUUCCGGGUUACCAGCUACUGGGUAGCGGGUUGUUUCUUGUUGAAUUUGUUCAUUACAAAAUUAAAUAUGUCUCUGGAGAUUGAAUCGGCAGACGUGGUCCGACUCAUCAUGCAGUACCUGAAGGAGAACAACCUGCACAGGUCGCUAGCGACCCUCCAAGAGGAGACCACCGUAUCACUAAACACAGUGGACAGCAUUGAGAGCUUUGUGGCAGACAUCAACAGCGGCCACUGGGACACUGUCCUCCAGGCCAUCCAGUCCCUCAAGCUUCCCGACAAGACUCUCGUAGACCUUUACGAGCAGGUUGUGCUGGAGCUCAUAGAGCUGAGAGAGUUGGGUGCGGCACGUUCCCUCCUCAGGCAAACGGACCCAAUGAUCAUGUUGAAGCAGACCCAGCCGGAGAGGUACAUCCACCUGGAGAACCUGCUGGCUCGCUCCUACUUUGAUCCCCGUGAGGCAUAUCCAGAUGGCAGCAGCAAGGAGAAGCGUCGGGCGGCUAUCGCUCAGGCCUUGGCAGGAGAGGUCAGCGUGGUGCCGCCAUCUCGUCUGAUGGCUCUGCUGGGCCAGUCACUCAAGUGGCAGCAGCAUCAGGGUCUUCUUCCCCCCGGGAUGACCAUCGACUUGUUCAGGGGCAAAGCAGCCGUAAAAGAUGUCGAAGAAGAGCAUUUCCCCACGCAACUCAGCAAGCUCAUCAAGUUUGGCCAAAAAUCCCACGUGGAAUGUUCCAGGUUCUCUCCUGACGGGCAGUACUUGGUGACUGGCUCUGUGGACGGCUUCAUCGAGGUGUGGAACUUCACCACGGGCAAAAUCAGAAAGGAUCUGAAGUACCAGGCUCAGGAUAACAUGAUGAUGAUGGACGAUGCCGUGUUGUGCAUGAGCUUCAGUCGUGACACGGAGAUGUUGGCCACCGGUGCCCAAGACGGAAAGAUCAAGGUGUGGAAGAUCCAGAGCGGGCAGUGUUUAAGGAGGUUCGAACGCGCGCACAGUAAAGGAGUCACCUGCCUCACUUUUUGCAAGGACAGCAGCCAGAUCCUUAGCGCCUCCUUUGACCAGACAAUCAGGAUCCAUGGGCUAAAGUCGGGCAAGUCCCUGAAAGAGUUCCGAGGUCACUCGUCGUUCGUCAACGAGGCCACGUUUACCCCUGACGGCCACCACAUCAUCAGCGCCUCCUCCGACGGAACGGUCAAGGUAUGGAAUGUGAAGACAACAGAAUGCAGCAGCACCUUCAAGCCGCUUGGCUCGUCGGCCGGCACCGACAUUACCGUUAACAACGUCCUCCUGCUGCCCAAGAACCCAGAACACUUUGUGGUGUGCAACCGCUCCAACACCGUGGUCAUCAUGAACAUGCAGGGACAGAUCGUGAGGAGUUUCAGUUCAGGUAAGAGGGAAGGAGGUGAUUUUGUGUGCUGCACACUGUCACCACGUGGCGAGUGGAUCUAUUGCGCGGGCGAAGACUUCGUGCUCUACUGUUUCAGCACCGUCACCGGCAAGCUGGAGAGAACAUUGACGGUCCACGAAAAGGACGUGAUCGGCAUUGCCCAUCACCCCCACCAGAACCUUAUCGCCACCUACGGCGAAGACGGCCUCCUGAAACUCUGGAAGCCCUGAAAGAUCCCAGAUGUGAACUCUUGGGUCUUGCUUGUUUGCGUGUGGCAAGGCCACCAGCAUUGUCGAACCCCUGGAGAAAAUCAGAUGCAGCAAGGAACGCAUCACUUGUUGGUGGAUUCCCAAGGGAGUUUAGAAGAUUUUGUGUUCAUGGGUGGAAUUUUUUGUUAUCAACUGCAUUUUUUCUUACUCUUUGUAAAUAUUUUUAUAGGAGUUUUUAUGCUUUUUCCCCUGACGUAUCAGUGACAAACAAUUUCAAUGGGAUUAUUCUAAUCCAUGUUAGAAACAACAAUCACCAUCUCAAUUCUGGACCAGGCAGUUUAUUCCAUUGUCUUUUCACCUUAACUGUUAUUAAAGCUGAUUAAGCAGUG